CAAAAACAAAGUCCCAUCUUCUCUAGUGGAACACACAAAUCUCUCCUUUUUCUUUCCCAAUCUCUCUCACACAGGUACACUUUUUCUUGAGACUUUUCUUUCAAGGUGCAAAAGAAAAGAAACAGAAAACAAAAAAGCACCAUGCCUGAGGCACCUAAGGAAACUCAGAAUUAUAACCUUGCAGAGGAGAACAAGAAGAGUCUUGAGUUUAUUGAAGACGUUACCUCCAACGCUGAUGGGGUUCAGAGGAAAGUUCUUCAAGAAAUCCUCUCACGCAAUGCUCAUGUUGAGUAUUUGCAGAGGCAUGGCCUUAAUGACCUAACUGAUCGAGAGACUUUCAAGAAACUGACGCCUGUCAUCACCUAUGAAGAUAUCCAGCCUGAUAUCAGCCGUAUUGCCAAUGGUGAUACCUCCCCCAUUCUCUGUUCCAAGCCCAUUUCAGAGUUCUUGACAAGCUCUGGGACAUCCGGUGGAGAGAGGAAGUUGAUGCCGACCAUUGAGGAUGAGCUGGGGAGGAGGUCACUGCUCUAUAGCCUAUUGAUGCCUGUGAUGAGCCAAUUUGUGCCUGGCCUAGAGAAAGGCAAAGGAAUGUACUUUUUGUUCAUUAAAUCUGAGGCUAAGACCCCAAGUGGCCUUCUGGCUCGUCCUGUGCUCACUAGCUACUACAAAAGUUCCCAUUUCAAAGACAGGCAUUCUGACCCUUAUACCAACUACACCAGCCCAAAUGAAACCGUUCUUUGCCCUGAUUCCUACCAAAGUAUGUACUCUCAGAUGCUCUGUGGUCUUUGUCAACACCAAGAAGUCCUCAGGGUGGGUGCUGUUUUUGCCUCCGGCUUCAUUCGUGCAAUCAGGUUCCUUGAAAAGCACUGGCCCCUUCUUUGCAAUGAUAUUAGGACUGGAACAUUUAAUGCCCAAAUCACUGAUCCAUCUGUCCGAGAAGCUGUGAUGAAAAUCCUUAGUCCUGACCCUGAACUUGCAGAUUUCAUUGAGACUGAAUGUAGGAAGGAGUCAUGGCAAGGGAUCAUAACAAGGCUGUGGCCUAACACUAAGUAUGUGGAUGUUAUAGUGACUGGGACCAUGUCUCAGUACAUCCCAAUCCUUGAUUACUACAGCAACGGGCUGCCCCUUGUUUGCACCAUGUAUGCUUCCUCGGAGUGCUACUUUGGUGUGAACCUGAACCCUCUUUGCAAGCCUAGUGAAGUAUCUUAUACCCUUAUUCCCACCAUGGCCUACUUUGAAUUCCUGCCAGUUCACAGAAACAAUGGAGUCACCAACUCUAUCUCUGUGCCCAAAUCUCUCAAUGAAAAAGAGCAGCAAGAACUGGUUGAUCUUGUUGAUGUCAAACUUGGCCAGGAGUAUGAGCUUGUUGUCACCACUUAUGCAGGACUGUAUCGAUAUAGAGUUGGUGAUGUGCUGAGGGUAGCUGGGUUCAAGAACAAAGCACCCCAAUUCACCUUCAUUUGCAGAAAAAAUGUGGUUCUGAGCAUUGAUUCUGAUAAGACUGAUGAGGUUGAGCUACAAAAUGCUGUCAAGAAUGCAGUGAACCAUUUGGUGCCUUUUGAUGCAGCUGUGGCCGAGUACACAAGCUAUGCAGAUACCAGCUCAAUUCCUGGCCACUAUGUGCUGUUUUGGGAGCUCAGCCUCAAUGGCAGCACCCCAAUUCCUCCCUCAGUUUUUGAGGACUGUUGCUUGACCAUUGAAGAAUCUCUCAACAGUGUCUACCGCCAGGGACGUGUCAGUGACAAAUCUAUUGGACCACUGGAGAUCAAGAUUGUUGAGACCGGUACAUUUGACAAGCUCAUGGACUAUGCCAUAAGCUUAGGGGCAUCAAUCAACCAGUACAAGACACCAAGGUGUGUGAAAUUUGCACCCAUUGUUGAGCUUCUUAACUCAAGAGUUGUGUCCAAUUACUUCAGCCCCAAAUGCCCCAAAUGGGUUCCUGGUCACAAGCAAUGGGGCAACAAGAACUGAGAGGGAUUGUGGUUUCCUCUAAUUGGUAGCUUUUCAUGGUAGUUCACAAGAACUGUUUUUGUGAUCAUCUUAGGGUAAAGUUAAGGACGCCUUUUUAGAUUAACCCCCCAUGUUCUCAUGUCUUUUUUCCUUUAUUGAUUUCUUUUUUAACCGUUGUUUUAUAUGCAUAGAGACCUUUUGAAUUAGAGAUGUACAAAAACAGUUCAUGUUUCAAGGUAUUUGAGCUCUUUUAAGGAAAAACAAAAACCAUUUUGUUUA